ACGCGCAUGCGCACAUGGCGUGUCAGGUUGAACGGACAUGCGUGCGACGUGUGAGCAGUUAUGCGCAUGCGCAGAUUGCAUGUGGCGCAGACGGAGUGGGGCGGAGUCACAGAGCAGCGAGUCACGUAUCUUAAGUCGGAUAUCAGCGGACAUUAGUGUGAUGGAUAUGAGCAGCAGUGAGUGUUUUGGAUGUGGUCGCUCAGGACACUGGGUGAAGAACUGCCCUAAUGCAGGGCGUGGCCGUGGGCGGGGCAGAGGGCGAGGGAAAGAUCUGUUCUGUUACCGCUGUGGUGAGCAGGGACACAUUGCUCGUGACUGUGAACAGACUGAGGACGCUUGUUAUAACUGUCACCGGAGUGGUCAUAUCUCUCGGGACUGUAAGGAGCCUAAGAAGGAGCGUGAGCAGUGCUGCUAUAACUGCGGUAAGGCCGGACACGUGGCCCGAGACUGUGAUCAUGCCAACGAGCAGAAGUGUUACUCCUGCGGUGGAUUCGGACACAUCCAGAAACUGUGUGACAAAGUCAAGUGCUACCGGUGUGGUGAGAUCGGUCACGUGGCCGUGCAGUGCAGUAAGGCGAGCGAGGUGAACUGCUAUAACUGUGGGAAGACGGGUCACCUGGCACGGGAGUGCACCAUCGAGGCCUCGGCGUAAACACGCCCCCACCCCUCUUCAUCGGCCCCUCCUUUUUCACGUUGAUGGUUGUAUUUUUUUCUGGGUUUUCCUCUUCAUUGGCUAAAGGUGGGCAGACGGAGGCUUGUUCCGGUCCGCGAGCUGCUCGACAUGUUUAAAGAAAAAAGGUUUAAGCAAGAGAAGGGGUUUAAAAAUCUUUCUGCAUUCAGUAUCAGAUGUGUGUUUAGUUCCGGUAGAGGUGUUGUGUAAUAAUGCUUUGUUUAAAACCCCUGGGCCGCGCCUGCUGACGUGUUGAUCGACACGCAGAGAGAAACGUGGCGUGUUCACGUGGGACCUCACGGCAUUCGCUCGCUUCACGUGAGCUUUGUAGAGACGGCAGACGGGAAAGCCUCGACGUCUGCGUACGGAUUUUUUUUUUGUUUGGAAUAAAAUCAGAGGGAAAUAAUGAGUUUGCUUUAAGAGUGUGACGGUGAUAAUGUGCACAAACACAGAACUCCAUCUUAAUCUGGACACACACACACACAUACACACACACACACACACACACACACGUUUGAGGAAAUGUUCUAUUAAUCAUCAUAAAUCUGAAACAGAAAUUCUCUCAUUUUUCUUUUACUUUAUUAUAAAUUCUGAUUAUUAUUUUGCUCAUAAACGCCUAAAGCUUCCAAACAAACGGUCAUUUGUAUCGUAAAUCACCGAGACCAACAAGCUUGUGUGGAUUUCACUAAUUUGCAAAAGGAGAAUGUUUUCACAGAAAUCAAAUAUUAUUUUUGUACACUAUCACUUGGACUACUGUAUAAAAAUCAUUUUGCUUGUAAUCUGUUUUUAAGUCAGAAGGGAAAGUUGCAGCUGAAGUCCUUUAAACAUAAGAAAAUGUAAUUUUAAACUAUCAAUAAAGCUGGAGGAGGAUCGGGA